CAUUUGGGGGAUAUCUGUACUGUCCUGACAUUUGGGGGAUAUCUGUACUGUUCUGACAUUUGGGGGAUAUCUGUACCGUCCUCACAUUUGGGGGAUAUCUGUACUGUCCUGACAUUUGGGGGAUAUCUGUACUGUCCUGACAUUUGGGGGAUAUCUGUACUGUCCUGACAUUUGGGGGAUAUCUGUACUGUCCUGACAUUUGGGGGAUAUCUGUACCGUCCUGACAUUUGGGGGA